GCGUUCAACUUGACGCUCCUCCGUGUCGCGCGGCUCAGUAAGUUGCGCUCCUCUGGCUGCGUGUCCACAUCAGGUCGUGUCCAACGUAAUGGCAGGAGAUGCGUCCGCUGCUUCCUUCGACCUUAACGGAGACGGACUAUGAACAUCCUCUCAGCUCUGCGGGAAACCGAGCCGUCGUCACUCAGCAGAGAUAAUGGAGGCAAACUUCAACUCCAGGAGGAAGGCUACAUCCUUGAACACUCAACCCGAGCCCUACGUUGACCAUACAUGGUGUUUACAUGGCCGGGAUUCAGCUGCUAUCUGUUAAGAUGCUGACCGAAGUUUGCUGAACACCUUCGCCUGGGGGGGGAUCAUCGGAGAGACGGAGAAGCAAAACGGCUCUGCCUCACUCCCGUGGACAAGCGGCGUAUCUAUGGUUUCAUCGGCAGCCAUGGGGAAGGAACAGGACCUGCUGGUGGCGGUGAAGAAUGGAGAUCUUCUGCAGGCUCACAAGCUUCUCUCUAAAGUCAAGUGCAACAAAACCAAGUUGCUGGGCUCCAACAAGAGACUCAACAUCAACUACCAGGACUCAGACGGCUUCUCGGCGCUGCACCACGCUGCUCUGACGGGCACCACAGAGCUGCUGUCGCUGCUGCUGGAGGCCCAGGCCACUGUGGAUAUCAAGGAUAUCAAUGGCAUGCGUCCGCUCCACUAUGCAGCGUGGCAGGGAAAAUCCGACUCUGUUCUUCUGCUUCUGAGAGGAGGGGCUUCAGUUAACGCUCCUUCCCAUGAUGGACAGAUACCCUUACAUCUCUCUGCACAGUAUGGGCACUAUGAGGUGUCGGAGAUGCUUCUGCAGCACCAGUCUAAUCCCUGUCUCAUGAACAAGGCGAAGAAGACUCCUCUGGAUUUGGCCUGCGAGUUUGGCCGACUCAAGGUGGCUCAGUUACUGCUCAGCAGUAACAUGGUGUCAGCCCUCUUGGAAGGAGAGAGAGGGAACGACAGCCUGGAUUCUCCCUCCACCACCCCUCUUCACCUGGCGGCCAGGAACGGGCACAAAGACGUCAUCAAGUUGCUGCUCAAAGCCGGCAUCGACAUCAACAGAGCCACCAAAGCGGGGACCGCUCUGCACGAGGCUGCCCUCUACGGCAAGACGGAAGUAGUGCGGCUGCUGCUCGAUGCGGGGAUCAACGUGAACAUGCGCAACACCUACAACCAGACAGCUCUGGAUAUCGUCAACCAGUUCACCACUUCUACAGCCAGCAGAGACAUCAAACAGCUGCUCAGAGAAGCAUCCAGUUCUCUCCAAGUCAGAGCAGUAAAGGACUACUGGAAUCUCCACGAUCCCACUGCUCUCAACCUGCGGGCUGGAGAUCUCAUAAUGGUCCUGGAGCAGCACUCAGACGGCCGUUGGAAAGGCCACAUCCAUGACAGUCAGCGGGGGACCGACAGGGUGGGCUUCUUCCCCCCUUCGGUGGUGGAGGUCCUCAGCAGGAGGGCAGGGGGCGCUCUCUCCCGCCAGGGCUCAAUGCCAUGCCAGAGACCACACCUUGCAUCCAGACCUCCUCCCUCAGGCCCCGCCCCUCAGACUGACGACUCAUACAUCCUUGGCUAUGAUCCUGCAGGUGCUUCACCGGCCAGUCAGUUCUCAGCCCAAGCAACCCCCCCUCAGGACAUUUGGGUCCUAAGGAGCUCUCCCACUGGUGACAGGAACAGUGUUGGCAGCACAGGCAGUGUGGGCAGCACCCGCAGCGCCGGCAGCGGCCAGAGCUCAGAGAGCAGCCGCAAGCAGAACGGGACUCACAGCCGCCACCACCAUGACGCUGUCAAGAUGGCUCCCUCUGCAGGUGAAACUGGAGAGCAGCUCCACAGUACAGCAUCUGAGCAAAGCAACGGUGGUUCUCGUCAACAGGCCAACAGCACUCCCCAGAAAGGCUUCAUCAGACCAGACCAGCUUCUGGAGGGCAAGGACUCUGAAGCCAUUUACCAAUGGUUGCGUGAGUUCCAGUUGGAGCAGUACACUUCCAACUUCAUCAGGGCGGGAUAUGAUGUACCCACCAUCAGCAGGAUGACCCCUGAGGAUCUCACAGCUAUCGGUGUGACCAAACCAGGCCAUAGAAAGAAGAUCUCAUUGGAGAUUGGGAAGCUGAGCAUUCCUGAGUGGCUGCCAGAUUACAUUCCUUCAGACUUGGGGGAGUGGCUUAGCGUGAUUGGGCUGCCUCAGUACCAAAAGAGAUUAUCUGACAAUGGCUAUGACUCCAUUGCGAUCGUCAAGGACAUCACCUGGGAGGACCUGCAAGAAAUAGGCAUCACUAAACUGGGCCAUCAGAAAAAGCUGAUGUUGGCAGUGAAGCGACUAUGUGACCUGCAGCGCUCUCGUAAUCAGCCUGACAGGACGGAGGAGGGAACUCUCAGGAGGAAACCACCGGCUGCUCUGGAGUUAGUGGCUAUCGAGCACACCCCAACGCACUCCUACGUGCACUCUGACGCCCCGUCUGAAAACUGCUGCCCUUCCCCGCGCACCCCCAGGGCUCUCCUUUCCUUCCAGGACUGCGAGCUGAGCGCGGAGCUGCAGAGCGCGAUGAUGGGCAAGGCGGGUGGAUCGGCUUCGGAGGCUUUCUGCAUGAGGGGAGUGCCCUCCGCUGCUGUUAUAGCUGCCAUGUCUGUCAGUCAAGAAAGCAUCGGCAGGCGUUCACGGGGCUCGGGGAAGUCUGGGAAUUCAAAUUCAGGAAAUUCGCAUUCGGGUUCUGUCAGAACGUCUAGUAGGCCUGAGGAGAACCUGGGCAACGGGGGAGUGGAGGAGGCCAAACAUGUGCAAAGCAGUCCAGCAGGCAGAAGGAAGCAGAUGUCUGUUGAGAUGUGGGAGCAUCAGAGCUGGUCUGGUACCCCAGAGAAAAAGCCUCUCUCCACCGCAACAGCCCCGCUGACCCCAAGCAAGAUGCCCGGCUUUGCCUACCCAGCAGUUCCACCCAAAUCCAAACACCUUCAGUCCCCCAACCGGCUCUAUCAACCUCAGUACCACCCACAGCACCAGCCUCCCUCUUCUCCAUCAUCUCAACCACAACAAACCUCCCCCACAAAGAAGUUAUCCAAUCACCUGCCGGCUCAGGCAGGAGGUGUCAAUGGCUCUCCACGAGUACUUUCUAAACCUCUGCCCGGAGCCAUCCCUGUGCUUAGACCUCCACCAGCACAGGUCCAAGGCGAGGACACCCAGAGGGGGUCCAAAAAUAAGCACACUCAAUUUUUGACUCGCUAUGCUCUGUCCGACGGAGAGCCCGACGAAGACGAUGAUCUCCCUUUUCCCUGUACCUCUGCGUCUUCGGUAACCAUGCCGUCCUAUGCCACCCUGUCUCGAAGGUCGGCACGUGCGUCAGGACCACCGCGUCAAGUCAACCGCAGCCACUCCUUCGCUGUGCGCUCUCGACACAAAGGUCCACCUCCUCCGCCCCCCAAGAGAAUGAGCUCCGUGAGCGGCAGCCCUACAAGACAGCAGGAAAGCAGCACAGCGGCAGAGCCAGAGACGAAGGCCGGGGUGGAGACGGACAGUGCAGGCAGCGUGAGGAGCAUCGCUGCCAAGUUAGAGGGCAGCAGCAGUUGCAGCAGCCCAUCGAGGAGGAUAGAUAUACCACCAACCUAUGUCCAUGUUUCGCCUGUUCCCAGCCCAGCUUCCUCGCCCAACUCGUACGGAUUGCCAUCAUACAUAAUUCUACAGCAUUCCAAACCUGUCCCUGCCCUGGGCUUGGGAGGGUUACGGAGGGUGGGGAGUGAGAGGACGGAAGGAGAUGUUGACAGACACAGAGGAGGAAGUACAGAAGGUACAACUGAAGAGAGACUGAGAGCAAGGAAAAGUGAAAAACUAUGCAGGAGUGCUUCAGCCUCGCCAAAGACCAUUUCCGGGAACCAUCUACCUUUCGCUGAAGAGGGCAACCUAACGAUUAAGCAACGACCCAGGAUAGUAGUUGUUACCCAGGCGGACACAGACCCGAAGUCUUCGUCAGAUGGUCCAGUCCAGAGCCAGAACAGCUUGCAGCCUCCGGAGUUUAACCUGAAAGAGUCUGACACUGUGAAAAGACGACACAAGCCCAAAGACAAGGGUGCUUCCACACCAGAGGAAGCUACCACCCCCAACCAAGAAGACAACCAAAUGCUUUGUACCGCCCCACACACACAUGCUGACGUCAGAGCUAUAAAAAAGGGGGACGUUCAGACACCGGGGGAUGUUUUACACAGAGUUGGUUCUGUGGGGAAAGGCUCAAGACCGCCGGUGUCCGCAAAACCUUCCAGUCAUCUAAAACAAACCCCUAACAACAGUCUAAUGAGCCCUCAAAGAACUGAUCCGGCAGCACGAGUCGGUCCACAAACAGCCAUUCCAAAACUGACCAGUGUGCAGAUACACACUGUCUCACCAAAGCUGAGCGGCGGCUUUACCCCCCAGACAUGUAUGCAGAGUCCUAAACCUGUUAGGCCUCUACAGACAGUUGGGGCCAAGGAGGAGAGUCAGCAGAAAGCUGCUGCUCUGCCCGGAUUAAGGCUCUCUCAGCCCAACACGACUUCCGUUUCAACAGGAGGAACAAAUCUCCCGAUGGUCCAAAGUGUCUGUUUUAAUGCUCCGCCCUCCCUGACGUCCUGCUCCCCUAACUCGGCUUCACCAGGUCAGCCCAGGAAAGCAGGGGAAGCUCUGUCUGGUGUAUCCGGUCUGCAGGUUCUGGCUCAGAAGAGACUGGAGCACACCAGUACAUCACUGGAAGCUGCUCUCAAAGUGGUGGAAAACGAACUCGCACAAGGCAGCAUUGUGGAUGGCAGCAGCAGCAGUUCAGUGAAGGCAGCGGGGAAUAUUCUGGACGACAUCGGCAACAUGUUUGACGACCUGGCCGACCAGUUAGACGCCAUGUUGGAGUAACGCCUCAGCCUAUCUGCUCCCCCCCCCCCCCAAAUCCAGCAACAGAUAGACGGCUGACACUCUGCACCUUUGAUGCACCUUGGCUGUACAGACUGCAGAGCUCAGUUCCUCUUUUGACCCUCUGGAAGGAUCAGUAAGGGCACGUCUGAGGAUUUUCCAGCACAAUAUCGUGCAGUUUUUUUUCUUUUCUUUUUAAACUCAAGCACUUGGCCUCAGGACUCACACCUGGGAAUGUUCCUGGACGGACAACAAACAGUAGCUGAAAUAUCAGCCUGCAGCCGGUUUGUUGUGUGAUGACAUGAGGGAAAGAGGGUCCACCAUGCAUGUAAAUACAGAGAAGAACAGGAUGGUGGCACUCUGUAUGCAUCUAGUCAAAUCUCUUUAUACUGAAUAUAUUAACUUAGAGCUAUAUUUAUACUUUCUAAGUUUUUUUAACAGCGAUGACUGAAUUAGUGGAUAUGGUUAUAUGUAUAUUUCGCAGCUUUAUGUCAGUAACAAGUUCGAUGUACAGAAAGAAGCGAGUUUUAACAUGUUUUACCAAAGUCGUUCCAUCCAAUCUUUGGACUGUCGGUGAACCAAUCACGCGGCUGCUCUGAACUGACAGCUGGGAUUUUUCACAGCUCACCCCAGGGUGCUUAGAGGAGUACUCACUGUUAACAAGCUUAUUUUACCCAUGUUUUACCUCUUCCAUUUUAGCUGAGGCCAGUAGGUUCCUUGGGAACGUUGGGAACCCUGACCCUGGGAAUGUUCUGCGUCUAACAAGAGACGCCAUACUUUGGCAGUCUGUGUACCUGUGGAUGUCUGGAUUGUGUCUAAGUUAUUGAAAUAGAGAAAAAAAAUUUUUUUCCCCCUAUGUAGUAAGGUAUAUAAAAGUACAAAUGGAAUUGUAACAUUUUUUGUUAUUUUCUGUCUUAAUACAUUAAAUUUGAUGUAUUCUGAAA